CUAGUCAACCUACUGGAAUUAGCUCACAUCAUAACAACCAGCAAUAACACAGGCACACUCACAAUAAAAUAGUUUACAGCUCAACCGAUUCGCUAUCUUAAAACAUAAAAUGAGUAUUAACAUUUGGCUGUGCUACACAAUUCUGAUUGUUCCACGAAUAAUUCCAAGUGAAACUGUAUCCAUACAUUCAAUAGUUCGUUUGAAAUGUAAUUUCUGUCAGCCCGAGCCAGAUAAAUACUGCGUAGGUGGUAGAUAUAAUAACAAAUACGUAAAACUAAGUGCUGUAGAUAUAACUGCAGCCAUAGGAAGAAAAGCAUUAAUCCCAGUUUUAGAAGACAAUAAACCUCGCCUACGUGUCACUAUUAUUCAGAAAUGUGAAAUGCUGAUAGGGUAUUAUGUAUGUUCUGUCAAUAAUGCAAGACUCAACCAAAAGCCAUGUCAGUACUACCAAGGACUGCCUCUUUUACUCGAUGAACGAGUGAUAGGCAUCUCGGGCGUAAUGCAGAAAAACGAGUGUUGGCUUCCUCAGAGGACUUUUGUGGCUUUAGUGCCUGCUCACGACUGGAUACGGUCUAUAACAUACAAUAUUACCUUCUAUCAUCACCGUGAAUCACGUAGAGAUAGUCUUAAUGUGGCAAUUACAAAUUCAUAUGAAGUUAAAAGACAAUUAGAAAUGGUUGAACCAAAUAUGAGAUCAAAAUUGUCGGAUAUCAAUGCAACACAACUCGUAGACUACAAUGUUACAGAAAGUAAAGAAACCACAAACUCUGUGCACCGCGUAAACCUUACUCAAGCAAACAAUACCAUUAUGGAAGCAACAAAUAUAACGAAGUCUUAUCCUGUAACAACUUCCUCAAACAACAUCGAAUCUACUAAUAUAGAAAACACCACUGUAUCUUUAGACCCAAAGAUAGUCAGUGAAGAGAUGAAAUCCCAAUAUGUUUUACAAAAUAAUACUUCUAAUAAUAUUGUGACUAUUAACACCAAAUCGGACCAGAACCUCGUGACAUCAGUGAGAAAAAUGAUGACAACCAAGAAGCAAGACAUUGUUUCUACAAUCAAGAAUAUAAAAAUAUUAUUCAAGAAAAUCACCGCGAUUACAGCUAACUUAAAACUUCUGAACACGCCUACAACCACCACGACUGAACCCAGCACAAUAAACAUUAAUAUUAGAAGUCACAAUAAAUCAUCAACUAGCGUAAUGGACUGGUUCAAUAAAAAAUUCAGGGCUAAACUUCGGAAAAGUCCUGUGCCAAUAUUGGUGCUCAGCACCAAAAUGACACCCGCUACUGAUUUUAUAGAUCUUACAUAA